GUCGGCGGCGACAGGUGAAUCUUAUGAUCCUUAUGUACCCAAAGAUGGCACCGCUGGCGGACCGCCAACUAAAACAGCACAGAUUCAGAAGCAAAUUGAUGAAACAGUUGGCAUUAUGCGAGACAAUAUCAAUCGUGUAGCCGAAAGGGGAGAGAGACUAGACGCUUUACAAGAUAAGACGGAAAAUUUAUCCGUGUCAGCACAAGGAUUUCGUCGUGGUGCCAAUCGAGUGCGCAAGCAAAUGUGGUGGAAGGAUAUGAAAAUGAGAAUUAUCAUUGCACUUGUAGUAAUCGCUUUGCUGCUGGCUAUUAUCUCUUCCGUUAGAUUGAUCGCAAAUAAGCCUUUUGUGAGUGCGAGAAUCUUUCCAAAGAAAUUUUUUAAUGUCUCAGCAACAAUUAAAUCUGAUAAAUUAUUCGUUCAUCGAGAUACACCCGAAAAUAAUCCGUCAAUCCCGUUUGAAUUUACAGCAGACAAUUUAAAACGUGCACAAGAGAUCAUAAAGCGGUAUCCACCACAAUAUAAAAAAGCAGCAACUAUACCCUUAUUAGAUCUUGGUCAACGUCAACUUGGAUGGACGAGUCUUUCGGUUAUGAACGCUGUUGCCAAGUUAUUGGAAAUACCACCUAUGCGUGUAUAUGAAGUUGCGACCUUUUACACCAUGUUUAAUAGAGAACCAGUUGGGAAAUAUUUCCUUCAACUUUGUACAACAACACCAUGUCAAUUAUGUGGAUCAACAGAAAUCCUAAAAACAAUUGAAAACCAUUUGAAAAUAAAAGUCGGUGAAACCACUCCAGAUAAACUUUUUACGCUUGUAGAAGUAGAAUGUGCAGGAGCUUGUGUUAACGCUCCAGUUUUGGCAGUUAAUGAUGAUUAUUAUGAGGAUUUAACACCAGAAACUACAAUCAAACUUCUUGAUGCUUUUAAAUCUGGUAAACCUCCCAAGCCUGGUCCGACAACCGGUCGUCAUACGUGCGAGCCAAAAAAUGGGUAUACCACCUUGACAAACGAACCUACGGGUCCAGGUUUUGGAGUUAGGGACGAUUUAUGA